CGUCGAAGCUGCGCGGCUCACGGAUCUGCUUAUAUCUGCGGCCUCUGCUGUAAAAAUACUCAGAAAACUCGGCGAAUCCACGAGCAGAAGCGCGGGCAGAACGUGCUAAACAAUGGUCGCCUCACCUCACCUGCUCCAAUUGUCAACGCCACUCCCCUUCUUCCGCCCGAGCUCAAGUCCCAAUCCGAGAGAGUCGAUCAGCGGCAGCUAGAGCAGAGCGAUGGCCGCGCUGCUGGGCAUCCUCCUCGCGGCCUUCCUCGCCGCCGCCGCCGUCCUUUUUGCGCUCCGCCUGCUCCACUCCUUCCUGUGGGUCCCGCGCCGCCUGGAGCGCCGGUUCCGCCGGCAGGGCAUCCGGGGCCCGCCGCGCCGCCCGCUCUCCGGCAACGCCGCCGGCUACCGCGACCUGCUCGCCGCCGCCCAGUCCGCGCCGCUCGCGUCCUUCCACCACGCCGUCGUGGCCCGCGUCGCGCCGCACCACCGCGAGUGGCCCGAGCGGUACGGCCGCCCGUUCGUGUUCUGGCUCGGGCCCCGCCCGCGGCUGGUGGUCUCCGACCCGGAGGUCGUGAAGGCCGUGCUGACCGACACCACGGGGACCUUCGGAAAGGCUGGCCCCGGCGGCAACAACCCGCUCGCGCGGCAGCUCUUCAGCGAGGGGCUGGUGGGGCUCACCGGGGAGGCGUGGGCGCGCCACCGCCGUGUGAUCGCGCCGGCGUUCAACAUGGAGAGGGUCAAGGCUUGGAUUCCAGAAAUAACAUCUAUCACCUCAUCCAUGCUGGAUAAAUGGGAACUACAAGAUGAAGUACGCACUGAGUUUGAGAUUGAUGUAAACAAAGAAUUCCACACUUUGAUUGCAGAUGUAAUUUCCUGUGUGGCAUUUGGAAGUAGCUAUGAGGAAGGAAAGCGAGUUUUCCAAUUGCAAGAGGAGCAGCUAAAACUUGUUAUUCUUGCAAUGAGGACUGUGUAUAUCCCUGGCUUCAGGUUUGUCCCAACUAAGAAGAACCAGAGAAGGAAGAUCGUAAACCAGGAAAUCCGGAAUUCGUUGCGCAAAUUGAUUGAGAUCAAUGGAAGGAAGUGUGAGGAUUCCAACAAUUUGCUUGGGAUGAUGUUAUCCGCUAGUAAAAUUGACAGUGAAUUCAAAAUGGGAAUUGAAGAAAUAAUUGAUGAAUGCAAGACUUUUUACUUUGCGGGGAAAGAAACAACAGCUACCUUGUUGACAUGGGCAACUCUUCUUCUAGCUUUACAUCAAGAAUGGCAAAACAAGGCUCGCGAUGAAGUCCUUCAAGUGUGCGGCAAGUAUGAGCACCCAAAAGCAGAAAACCUGAGUGAACUUAAAAUUGUAAAUAUGGUGUUAAAAGAAACCCUGAGGUUGUAUCCUCCGGCCGUGUUUCUCAAUAAGAUAGCCAACCGGGAUGUCAAACUGGGCAAACUUGACAUUCCGGCUGGCACGCAGCUCCAGUUGCCUAUUCUUGACAUUCAUCAUGAUGUUAGCAUAUGGGGUGCCGAUGCAGAUGAGUUUGAUCCAUCAAGGUUUGCAGAGGGCAAGAGCUAUCACCUUGGCGCAUACUUCCCCUUCGGGAUUGGCCCUACCAUCUGUGUCGGCCAGAAUCUUGCAAUGGUUGAAGCAAAGGUGGCCCUUGCAAUGAUCCUUCAGCGCUUCGCGCUUGUUGUCUCACCAUCUUAUGUUCAUGCACCAAUGCUUGUAGUCACACUCCAACCCCAGUAUGGUGCUCAAGUUCUUGUCCAUAAGAUUUGAGACUUCGAUGGACCUGUGUGUGGAUUUCUGGGUUUUUGCAGUAAGUAUGGUGAACGAUUUGGAAGGAUGUUUCCAGCUCGUCUGAACUUUCUAUCAGAAGUGGAAUCUGCUGGAGCCAUGGGAGCAUUUUCCGUGUACAAACAACACUUAGUACCUGCAGAAAUGUACAGAAAAUAAAAUGGUUUGCAACUCUUCAUGUUUUUGCCAUGUACAAAUAGGUCUUACUUGCUGAAAUGUAGUAAUACACAAAAUAAAAUGGUUCGGAAUUGUUAGUAUUC